UUUCGGUAGAUGUUUUAAUAGUUAAAUAGUUUUAAAAGUUAUUUUUUUAAAGUACAUAAUUGGUUUGAUAUUUAUUAGUCGUAAUAUUUGAAAAUGUCAAGCAAGAAGACUACGCCUACCGGUAGCAGCAGUAGUGGUACUAAACCAAAGAAGUCAAAAACUGAUUUUUAUCGUUCAUCAAUUGGAAAUUAUUUAAAACAAAAAAAUUAUUUGGGAAGCGAAAAAUUUCGUAAAUCGGAAUUUGUUUUAACACAAAACAAAAAUGAUUUUAUAUUGCAAAAAAUGGUGGAAGGAGAUUUAAGUAGUAGCGAUUCUUAUACUUUUUCAAAUGUCCUUUGUAUUACAAAUAAUUAUCAAAUGGCGGAGCAACAGUUUGGAAGGUUUUCGCAGUUCGUUGAAGCGGAAAAAGAUGAACAUAAAUUAGAGUUAAGAAGAUUCUAUGGACCAUUAAUAUGCCAUCUGUAUAUUGAAUUGAUAAAGGCUCGAGAAUCAAAUGCAGCUGCGGAUUUCUUAAAAAAAUAUGCAAAUUUAAUUGCACCUGUUGAACAAAGUGACACGGUUUUAAACAAUAUAAACAGUUCUGUACCAGUGGAGUCGUGUGUAGAAUCCACGAAUGCUUCACGCAAUAAUAUAAAAUUCGUACAAGACGUCGAUUUUGAAAAACCGCUUGAGUUACAGUAUUUUAUAAAGCUUAUAGAAACUCUAUCGGCAUGCACAACUUCGGAGGAAAUUUUAUCUGAUGUAGAUGUAGUCCAUUUCCUUUCAACAAAGUAUGAAAUUCACACCACACAAAAUGUAGUUGAUGCGCUAAAUAGUUAUUUAAAAACGAAAGGGCAUGUACUAAUACUAAAUAUUAUAUGUAUGUAUGUACACAUAAAUAUAGUUGAAAAUGAGGCUAGAAAUUGGACUGGCGAUCAACUCAAAGUAGGCUUUAAUGAAGAAGAUUUAAGUGAUGAUGAAUUAGAAGAGUUAACUGCGAAAACUAUUACACUUUCUGAAGACGAUAUAUUUAAGAAGCCUCUUCCAGUAUUUUUGAAGUCUUCGCAAUCUGCAAAAUCAGCAACCAAAACUAGAGAAACAAAACAGAAUCGACUUCAAGCAGUACGACAAUGUUUACAAGUUGUAAAAACUAUCCGAAAAUCAAUUACUGAGAAUCAAGCAAUUCUUCCAGAAUAUAUUAAAAUUGCUGAUAGAGAUAAAGGAUUGACAUCAAGUGAUAUUGACAUGAAUCGAUGUCAUCUAAUAGCGGGAUUUAAUAGCUCUGAAGUGAAUUUGUGGCAAAUGAAUCAACAAACAUGCAGAGGCAAAAGUAUGUACCGGCGUAUUACAGAUCGUACAUGUUGUUGGGAAAUAAACAAUUGUUAUGAAGAGGAAGAUGAUGAAAUUGAUUUAGAUAUAAAGCGAGAAGAAAGUACAAAACGAAACUUAGAACAAGAAAAAUUUUAUGAAUCAAAAUAUGCCGGCAACUCAUAUAAUCAAUAUGGAGGAAUUCAAUUACGUGGUCAUGGAAAAGGUGUGACGGAUGUGCGGUUUUCAAGACACUAUCCGUUGAUAUAUAGUGCAUCCAAGGAUUGCACAGUUCGUACUUGGAGAGCGGAUAAUUACUCGUGUGCUUCAGUGUACCAUGGUCAUAAUUAUCCCAUUUGGUGCUUAGAUGAAAGUCCUAUAGAUACAUAUAUUGCAACGGGUUCUAAAGAUAAUACUGCCCGUUUAUGGUCUACAGAACGAACAAAUCCUCUCAUUACUUAUAUCGGCCAUACACAAGAUGUAGAAUGUGUUGCUUUUCAUCCCAACGGCAAUUAUAUUGCUACCGGUUCAUGUGAUUUAUCCGUACGACUGUGGUGCGUCACAAGCGGAAAAUUAAUGCGAGUAUUUUCUGACUGCAAACAAGCCGUGACAACUGUGACUUUUAGUCCAGAUGGUAAAAUGUUAGCCGCUGCCGGGGAAGAGACAAAAAUACGAAUUUUUGAUUUAGCAGCCGGAUCACAAAUUUGUGAACUUAAGGACCACACAGCUGGCGUCACCGGCAUGGUGUGGACCAAUAACGGCACACAAUUCGCAUCUGUGUGUCGAGAUGGUAGUUUUCGAUUAUGGGAUAUUAAAAGACUAUUAUUAAAUCAGGAACCCAGUACAUCAGCUGCAGCUUCAUCCGCAUCAUCAAAUAUUCGUCUACAAAGGUUAAAUUAUAAUUGUGGACGUUUCGUAAACAUAAAAGUAGUUCAGGAUGGUACUAUUUGUUGUCUGGGUACCUAAAUACAAAUAUUACUGUGAUGUGAUAUAUUUGUAAAUUCUUUUUUAAAUUUAACUAUCUCAUUUUAUAUAUAAG